AUGUUCAACACCAGGGUACAGAAAGAAGGUGAGCGCAUAGAUACAUAUGUUACUGAUCUAAAACAAAGAGCUGCUAGUUGCGAGUUUGAAAAUUUGCAAGAUUCUCUUAUCAGAGAUCGGGUCGUAUGCGGGAUCAAGAGUGACUCUGUAAAAAAGAGACUGUUGAGAGAAGAAAACCUUACAUUACAGAGGGCUAUAGACAUUUGUCGUGCUAAUGAAGCCAGUGAAUCACAAAUUAAAAAUAUCGCAGAUGAGAAAGCUAUAAAUCACGUGGGCGCGCAAGGAGCACAUGGCGGGUUCAGGCGUGGCAGAGGAAAUUCGCGUCAUAAUAACAACAAACUGACACGUGAUAGAGACAAAAGCAAACCACGGCAAGGAAAAUGUAAGCGCUGUGGAACUUCUCAUGCUCGAGGAAACUGUCCAGCGUACGGCGAGGAGUGCAGAAAAUGUGGGAAAAUGAAUCAUUUCGAAAAAAAAAUGUGUAAAAGUUGGGGAGACCGUGUACACAUGCUCCAGCAUGAGUCCGAUUCGGAUGCAGACAGAGAUUCACUGUCAGGUGACGAAUUCCUAGCAUACGGGAUCGAGACCACGAACAAGGAUAGGGAACAGGACUGGAUGGUUCGAAUGAAAAUCAAUGACAUUUCCGUUGACUUCAAGAUAGAUACAGGGGCACAGUCUUGUCUGGAUUUGAAGCUUGUCCAACGUGUAAAUCUGGUCGAUGAAAAUCAAAGUACUGCGAGUACUGACAGUGUCAUCAAGGAAUACCAACACUUAUUUUCUGGAAUCGGAUGUUUGCCAGGAGAAUAUGACAUUAAAGUGAAUCCAAACGUUACACCUAAAGUUCACCCUCCACGAAGAACUGCACAAGCUUUAACACCGAAAGUCAAGGAAGAGUUAGACAGGAUGGUUAGUGAGAAAGUCAUCACGAAAGUAGAAAAACCAACAACAUGGGUUAAUCCGAUCGUCAUUGUAGAAAAACCCAAUGAAAAAGUAAAGAAUUUGUUUGGACCCAAGGGACUUGAAUCGCGGAAUUCAACGGGAACAUAUCCGCUGAAAACAGUUGAGGAGGUACCGGUAGCCGCAACGCUAAAAGAUGCAAAAGUUUUCAGUACUCUUGAUGCUGCCUCAGGAUUUUGCCAAAUCAAGUUGUCAGAGAGGAGCACUUGGGUGACAACAUUUAAUACUCCUUACGGGCGAUACAAGUUUGAACGUCUACCCUUCGGAAUUUCUAGUGCGCCGGAAAUUUUUCAGAGAUCAAUAUCGCAAAUCUUUUCCGACAUUGAUGGGUGUAGUACUAUAGCUGAUGACAUUUUGAUUUAUGGACGGAAUCAAGAACAUGAUCAGAGACUUUCAGCUGUGUUAACAAGAGCACAAGAAGUUAACUUGAGGUUCAACAGACAAAAAUGUAAACUCAGCCAGAAGUCAAAUUCGUAG